UGCUGUGGCUAGAUGGGGGAACACGGCACCGUAGCCUCGAGGAUGGAGGAGGGGUUGCGUGGGGACACGGGACCAUAGCCAGGAGGAAUUAUUGAAGGAGACGGUGGUAACAAAGAUGCAGAAUGGGAGAGAUGAGAUGGGAGGAAAUUCAAGCAAGGAGGAGGACUUGAGGGACUUGUGGAAGGUUCCAGAAGGUGGGGACUGAGAGGGUAGAUGAGGGGUGCGUGUCUGGAGCUCGGGGCUAUGGGAGAAGAAAAUUGGCCUAAAAAGUAGAUUCCUAUGAGUGCCCGCUACCGAGUGUGGGUUUCUGGAACUAUAAAUUCCCUUCCCAGGACGACUCGUUUGGACUCACUUUCAAAUGAAUUCCUUGAGAACUUACGAUCGAGUUAUUUUGCUAAUAAUUCCAACACAUUGGCCAUGAUUCAAAUAUGUAUGUCAUUCAUUACAAUAACUGGUAGCAAGUAACUGGGCUACAUUGUGGGCAGAAAUAGGGCAGUAGAGAAAUAUCCAUUAUUGUACUAUACAUCUAUGCUCCCCCAACUUCGCCGAACCAGAACCCACCGGCAUUGUGAGGUAUCCUCGAUGUAUCGUUUUCCCUGUGCUUGGUUUACGUUAACGAGGGACUGUGUGGUUGUUGUGUUUUUAGCUCUGCACACCGACUGCCACGAUAUCUACAUGAGCAGCCAACAGACAGCCACCAGCGGCCUGUAUUUGAUCCACAUAGGCACACAGAGACCUCUGGUCGUGUUCUGCGAGAUGUCCAAAGGAGGAGGCUGGACUGUAUUCCAGAAAAUAACCUUAAAUUCCACACUCGAUUUCAAUCGGACCUGGAGUGAAUACAAGCAGGGAUUUGGCUUGGUAAACGGCGAUCACUGGUUGGGAAAUGAGCAUCUUCACAUGCUGACGCACAAGGGAGGCAGAUACAGGCUCAAGGUGGAGUUAUUCAGGGACAAUGGCACCGAGUUAUGGGCCGAGUAUGACCCUUUCCGAGUGGAUGGUGAAGCUUCAAAGUACAAACUCCGUCUGGGAUUGCAUUCAGGGACAGCGGCAGAUGCCCUGAGCCAGGACUCUGAAGCUUACCUUCAUGAUAACCAGAAAUUCACCACCAUUGACAGCGACAACGACAAUUAUUUUCAGAAUUGUGCCGAGCUGGUGUACAACGGCGUGUCGGGUGGGGGCUGGUGGUACGACGCAUGUGCCGGAGCCAUUCUCAACAGACCCAAUCUCAUCUACUGGCACGAAGACUGCAACAGAAACAAUUCAUGCCACUCGGCACGAAUGUUACUCCAACCGUCGGAGCCAAUCAAACAUUGCUUUGUCAGCCACUCCGAGAAGUGUCACAUGUACUCUUUCCCCCUAGAGUAUCCUUAGUCAUCGUUCAUUCAAUCAAAGCCAUGUAUCAAUUGCCUACAGGAAUCCAUGACAAUAUUUAGUGUUCCAUUUAACACUUCGAUUUUUGCGACCAGGAUUAUUCAUUUUCACGUUAUUGGGUUAGAUCGCGUAAAUGUGCCGUAAACCUACCACAAUGGUGUGCUUAAGUAGUAACUAAGUUCCAGAAAGGGGGCGUGGCCGGGGGCGGAGCGAGGCCACGCUGACAGUUUAAGAGGGGUCCCCUUGUAGGGAACCUCGGGGCUGUUGUUGGAGUGGGAUCCCCAUCGUGCUGCUGAAGUCUUCAUCACCAUUCUUC